CAAUAAAAAGGUGCUUGCCCGCCGCCCAUUUGUGCUGACUGCAGGUGCCGCUGAAUACUGUUUCAGUAUUCGUUUGCCUCCCAAAUUAUCAAAAUAGACGUUGCCCUUCUUCCACUCCAUAGACUUUCUUCACAUUUUCAAAUGGAGGUUGGUGAAAAAUCAUAGGCCCUGGUACUGAAAUCACAAUGACGGCGACCCUGCCGUCGACUGCUACACCGACGAUGAACUUGAGUCUCAAGGAAGGGUUGAUGGAAAUGACGGAGUCUGCUCAAAAUAAGGGUACCGAUCCCUUGAUUUGGGGUGUUCAGCUCUCCUCUAGCCUGUUGUCUGCCGGAACCACCAUGCCGUCGACGGAGGUCGCCGAGUUGCUCGUUUCGCAUAUUUGUUGGUCUAAUAAUCUCCCAAUUGCUUGGAAAUAUCUCGAAAAAGCGCUAAACCUUAGAAUUGCUCCGCCAAUGCUCGUUCUCGCGCUUCUUUCCAACAGUGUAAUCCCGAAUAGAAGAAGCCAACCUGCUGCAUACAGGAUCUUUCUGGAGCUCCUUAAAAGACACAUUUUUUCUUUGGCUUCUGAAGUUAAUGGUCCAAAGUACCAGAAAAUCAUGGAAUCAAUAGACAAUGCUCUUCACCUCUCCCAAAGAUUUGGCAUUCCAUCUAGUGAACCUGGGAUUCUCCUAGUUGAAUUUGUAUUUGCAAUAGUGUGGCAGUUGCUUGAUGCAUCAAUAGAUGAUGAAGACUUGUUGGAACUUGUACCUGAAAAGAGGUCUACUUGGCCAAUGAAACCACAAGAGAUGGAAAUUGAUGAUCAUAAUAUCGGAGAAAAGAAAAUUGAUCACUAUGACAGAUUGUAUAGAACAAACACCACAUUGGCCAUUGAAAUCAUUGGAGAACUUUACCGAAAUAAAUUAACUUCCAGGAUCCUGUCUUUGGCACGUCAAAAUAUGCCUGUACACUGGAGAUCUUUAAUUUAUAAUUUGCGACUACUGAUAGCAAACUCAAUAUCUUUGAGAAAUUCCAAAGAUAUUACUCCUGAGUCUCUUUUGCAGCUAACAUCUGAUAACCAUGUAAUCAUGUCACCAGAAUGCAAAACAGUAUCUUUGCAACAGUUCCAUGCAGUAAUGGCUUCCGGAUCGCUUGUAUCAUCUACAGCUCCAACUCAUGGUGCUAGUCGCUCGUCUUUUUGGCUUCCAAUUGAUCUGUUCCUUGAAGACACCAUGGAGGGAUUUGUGGUGGCUACCACAAGUGCAGCCGAAACUCUUUCUGGUCUACUGAAAGCCUAUCAAGCAAUUACUCAAGCUUCUUGGCAGGAAGCAUUUCUUGGUUUGUGGAUUGCAGCUUUACGGCUUGUUCAAAGGGAGCGAGAUGCUCUUGAGGGCCCGAUACCACGUAUGGAUACAUGUUUAUGCUUACUACUAUGCACAACCACCAUUGCAAUUGUCAAUAUUGUUGAUGAAGAAGAAAACAGUCUCGUUGAGGAAGACGUGCAUAUGCGAAGUGAAACACAAGUUGUUGGGAAGUGUAGGAAGAGUCUUGUUUCCAGCUUACAACAGUUGGGUGAUUAUGAAGGCUUGUUGGACCCACCAUCAUCUGUAACCUCUUUAGCAAAUCAGGCAGCUGCUAAAGCCAUUAUGUUUUUUUCGGGUCUAGCAAAUCAAUGCUUGAAUGACACAUCUCUCACUUGUUCUGGAGACCUGAGACAUCUGAUUGUGGAGGCUUGUAUUGCAAGGCAUCUUCUAGACACAUCAGCAUACCUAUGGCCUGGUUAUGUCAAGGGACAUGCCAACCAAAUACCUCACAGCAUUGCUGGCCAGAUGCUUGGCUGGUCAUCAUUGAUGAAGGGGUCCCCUUUGACUCCUCCAAUGAUACAUGCUUUGGUUUCAACUCCGGCUUCUAGCUUAGCUGAAAUUGAGAAAAUAUAUGAAAUUGCAACCGAUGGUUCCGAUAAUGAGAAGAUUUCUGCUGCUACUGUUUUAUGUGGGGCAUCAUUAACUCGUGGUUGGAAUAUACAAGAACAUACUGGAUUUUUCAUCAUUAAGCUGCUGUCACCUCCGGUUCCCUCAGAUUAUACUGGUAGUGAGAGUCAUUUAAUAGCUUCUGCUCCCUUUCUAAAUGUUCUUCUUGUGGGGAUAGCAUCUAUCGACUGUGUUCAGAUUUUUUCCUUACAUGGAUUGGUUCCACAUCUUGCUGGUGUUUUGAUGCCAAUAUGUGAGGCUUUGGGUUCAUGUUCACCCACUGUUUCUUGGACUCUUCCAACUGGUGACCUUUUAUGCCCCCUUGGUGUGUUCUCGAAUGCUUUUACUCUUCUGUUAAAGCUAUGGAGAUUUGAACAACCACCUCUCGAGCAUGCGAUUGGGGAUAUUACUCCGGUAGGGUCUCAGCUAACACCAGAGUUCCUCUUAUUGGCACGCAAUUCUCAAUUAUCAUCAUGUAGGAAUUCAUCCAAACACCAAAAGAAAAGAAUGAGGUUUCUUAAGCAGUGUGAUCUGUCUGCUUCAACUCCUGUAUAUUUAGACUCUUUUCCAAAAUUGAAAUUUUGGUAUCGACAGCAUCAAGCGUGUAUCGCUUCCACCCUUUCUGAUCUCAAACCUGGAACUUCAGUGUACCAAAUCUUUGAAGCCCUUCUAAACAUGAUGUUUAGAAAAACAAAUACAAAUACAGGUGGUGGUGGUGGUCAAACGUUGACUUCUUCAACAUCUGGAAGUAGCAAUUCGUCUGAUGACUACACUCUUCAUCUUAAACUCCCUGCUUGGGACAUUCUAGAAGCAGUCCCUUUUGUGCUUGACGCUGCACUGACCGCAUGCGCCCAUGGAACACUCUCUCCACGAGAACUCACCACCGGGUUCAAAGAUCUUGCUGACUUUUUUCCUGCUUCUAUGGCAACUAUCGUGAGUUACCUUUCGGCUGAAACCACAAGGGGACUCUGGAAACCUGCAUCUAUGAACGGAACCGAUUGGCCAAGUCCUGCCACUAACUUAUCCAUGGUCGAACAAAACAUAAAUAAGAUAUUAGCUGCAACCGGAGUUGACGUUCCAAGUCUUUCUGUAGCAGGGGGGACACAUCCGGAUACCCUUCCUUUACCUCUGGCCGCCCUAGUGAGCCUCACAAUAACCUACAAAGUCGAUAGAAUCUCCGAAUCCGUACUGAACCUAGCGGGCCCGGCAUUGAACACUCUGGGUGCAGGUUGUCCAUGGCCAUGCAUGGCCAUCAUAGCCGCUCUAUGGACUCAAAAAGCCAAACGUUGGACCGAUUAUCUUGUUUUCUCAGCAUCCCGAACCGUAUUCCACCACAACACUGACGCUGUAGUAGAGCUUCUUAAAGUCUGCUUCGCAUCAACCCUCGGUCUAAACUCCUCAAACACCGGUGGUGGAAUCGGUAACCUCCUCGGUCACGGAUUUGGAUCCGACUUUUCCGGCGGGAUCGCUCCGGUGGCCCCCGGAAUACUAUACUUACGGGUGCACCGUAGUGUUCGAGACGUGAUGUUCAUGACCGAAGAAAUCGUCUCUCUGUUAAUGCAUUCGGUUAAAGACAUCGUCUCCACCGGUGUCCCGAUUGAAAAACUUAAAAACCCUAAAACCGGAAUGAUCUUGAGAUAUGGCGAGGCUUCUCUUUCCGCAACCAUGACUCGUAUCAAGCUAGCCGCGUCUCUAGGAGCUUCGCUGGUUUGGAUAACCGGUGGGUUGAACCUAAUACAAACUUUGAUCAAAGAAACAAUGCCAUCAUGGUUCAUAUCGGUGCACCGAUUGGACCACACCAAGGGUGACUCGGGUGCAGGCGGGAUGAUUGGGAUGCUUAAAGGUUACGCUCUUGCUUACUUCAUGAUUCUUUCGGGUGCGUUUGCGUGGGGUGUUGACUCGGUGUCUUCGGCGUCUAGUAAACGUGGGUCCAUCCUUGGGGCCCACUUGGAGUUCAUGGCGAGUGCACUCGAUGGGAAGAUUUCACUUGGCUGUAAUAAAGCGACAUGGAGGGCGUAUGUUUCUGGUUUUGUGAGUUUGAUGGUUUCGUGUACGCCUAUAUGGACUCGUGAGGUUGAUGUGGAUGUUUUGAGGAGUUUGAGUAAAGGGCUAAGGAAGUGGGAUGAGGAAGAGUUGGCGAUGGCGUUGCUCCGGAUUGGUGGGGUCCGUGCGAUGGGUGCAGCUGUGGAUUUUAUCAUAGAAUCUUCGGUGUCAUUGUAGGAUCCAUUUUUGUACAUACUUUAUACUU